AUGGAAUAUAUUGAAAAAAGUGAAAAUGAACAUAAUGAAGUUAAUUCAAAAGAAGAAAUUAAAAAUGAAUCAAAGGAAAAAGAUUUAAGAAACUUUGAAAACACAUUCACUUAUGAUUGGAAGAAAGCUUUAAAACGAGUAGAAGAAGGUAGAAAGUGCUGUGAGCAUUUAAGUAGAAUAUUUGUUGAAAUUAUUCGAAUAGAAAAAGAAUAUGAAAGUAAUUUACGAAAUUUAUGUAAUAUAUUUAAAGAGUUUAAACAUGAAUCAUCAGGUAUUAAAAAUGGAAUUUUUAGUUUAAAAAAGAAUAUUGAGAGGAGAUGUGAACAAAUUAAAGAUUUUGUUAAUUAUGUUGAAUGUGAAAUAUUAAAUAAUACAUUAAAUACCACUUUAGUUAAUCAUAAAAAUGUUUUUGAUCAAAUAAAAAUUGAUGGUAUUGAAAACGAAAAAAUAGUAGAAAGAACAAAAAAAGAGAGUGUAAAAUACAUUGAAAAUUGUGUAAAAGCAUAUGAAACAUUAAUAGAAUCUAUUCAUGUUUUUCAUAAUAGUACAUACUAUCAUCCUUUAAAAAGAAUAGAAUUAUCAAAUAUUUGUAUAAAUAAAUAUUUAUUAGCUAAAAAGAAGGAAUAUGAAUAUAAAAACACAAUAAACAUUAUAAAUGAAGUUGAAUUAAAAAAAGAAAAGAGAUUAAAAAGUAUUUUAUAUUCACUUGAAUCAAUGGAUUACAAAAGAAUUUCAUGCAUAAAAGAUAAUAUUAUGAAAUAUUUAAUUUUUUUUACAUCUUACAUAAGAAAUGUUCAAUAUGAUCUUAAUAAUUGUAUAGAUGUAUUCAAAGAUAUUGAUGCAUAUGGAGAAAUAGAAGAAUAUUGUUCAUUACAUAAUAAAGGAAUUAAAAACGAAAUUGAAGAUGCAAUAUUUUUUAAUAACAUAGUAUCAUGGCCUAUGCUAAUCGAUUACUUAAAUGAAUUAAAUUAUGUGAAAAAAGAUAGUUCUCUUAAUAAAUCUAAAGAAAAUACUAUGGAAAACGAUUAUUUAAAAGAUACCAAAAAUAAAUAUAACAAUAUAAUUUCAACUUUUUUUAAUAUAGAUAUUUAUAAAAAUUUCAUUCAAAAUAAUAAUAAAAAAAAUGCAGAAAAUUUUAAUACUUUAUAUUCUAACAUUUUUAAUGAAAUUGUUUUUUUUAAUAAAAAAGAAAGUAUAAAUGAUGAUUUAGAAGAAGAAAAUGAGGAAGGAAAUAUACCAUUAUAUGAAGAAAAAGUAGGUCGAAAUAUAGUUUUACAUGAGGAGAUAGAAAAAGUAGAUGAGAGUAAUUAUAAUAAUAAGGAAUGCUUUGAAGAAGAAAAUAUGAUAAUAAAUAAAAGCAACAUUUCUGAAUUAUAUGAUAUAGAUGCUCAUAAAAAAGGAAAUUUAUGCAUAAAAACAGAUACAUAUAUAAAUCACUAUAUUAGAUCAGAUAAAGAAUUAUAUAUGGAUAUAAAUUUUGAUAGACAAGAAAAAUUAUGUGAAGAAAAUGGCACGUCAAUUAAAAAUAAUAUAUUAAGUAAAAGUGAUAAAGAUGAAAAAAAGUGUAUGGAAGAGAAAGAUAUAAUUUAUGAAAAUGGAAAAGAUAAUUUAAAUUGUAAAAAUACAAAUUUUGAAAAAGAAUCUAUUAAAAAAAAUAAUCAAAAAAAUAAUUAUAUAGAGGAAACAACGAAAAAUGAAAAUGAAAAAAAAAAAAAUAAUAGCAAUAUCAUUUUUGAUACUUCGAACGAUACCAAUAACAGUAAUGAUGAUAUAAAAGGUUAUAAAAAUGACUACCUUAAUAGUGAUACAAAUAAUGAAUCUGAUUAUAGUUAUUCUUUUAUAAAAAAUAUAUAUGAAAAGAAAAAAGAAAAUAGUUCAGAUAGUGUUAGUAGUGGAGAAAAUGACGCGGAUAGUUUAUUAGAUAAUGUAAAUAACAAUUUUAAAAAAAUGGAAAUUUUUUUUAAUUUUUAUCUAAAAAGUUUAUUCAUUGGUAAUUUUGAUAGAAUAUCAGAAUUUAAUGUUACAAAAUAUUUUAAUGUUUAUAAUAAUAGGUUCAUAUUUUGUGAAUGCUUAAUAAACUUAAUUAAAAAAAAAAGGGUAAAUUUUAUUUUUCUUAAGAGUAUAGUUAUACUUGCAAAAAUAAUAUUAAUAUUUUUAGAUUAUUGUAAUUUAUAUGUAGAUUAUUGGUCAUCUAUUUAUAUUUUGGUUGCAGCAGAAAAUUUUUAUUUUGAAAUUGAAAAUAAUAAUAUUAUUAAUAUAAAUUUAUUAUUGCAAAAGUAUUCAUAUUCUCUUUUUGAAAAAAGAAAAAAUUCCUUAUCAAAUAAAGAUCUGAAUGUAGUAUGCAAUAAAAAAAGUAGUGACAUGAAUUUAAUAAAAAAUACAAAAGAUAAAUAUUCUUCUGAUGAAAAUGAAAAUUCUAAAAACAGUUCUUUUAAAGCAAAAAAUGCAAAGAUAUUUUCUAAAGUUAAUCAAAUGCAUACAAAAAGUAAGAAUAUUGUAAAUAUAUACGAAUGCAAUAAAAAUGAGAAAAAUGAAUUAAAUAAUGAAAUUAAUGUAAAUUUAAAUAAUAGAAACAAAGAUUAUACAAAAGAAGUAAUUGAAAAAAAUAUAAAUGAUAAUAAUGUAAAUACUAGAAACACACAUGAAAAUACAAAUAAUAAGUAUAUAGAAGAUCAAGAAGAAAUAAAUUCAAAUACAAAAAAUUGUUUUAAUAAAAAUGAUGAAACUUGUAAGAAAACUAAAAGUAGCAUAUUAGAAGAAAAUAAAACAAAUGAAAAAAGUAUAAAAAGUGAAAGUAUCAAUGAUUCAAAUAAUUGCAAAAAGCAGAAAAUUUUUUUACAUAAAUUUUUAUAUUCACACAGUUUGUGGAAUAACAUAAAGUUUUGGGAAGUUAGUUUUUUAGUUAUAAUAUCCGAAAUAAUACAAGAAAUUAUUUUAUUAGAAAAAUUACGUUAUGAAAACAAAGAAUCAUUAAUUAAAAAAUAUUUUUUUUUUUUUAAAUAUUUUAAUUUUUAUAAUAGUAUGAUUGAUUUUGGGUUAUCUAUUAAUCAAAUAGGUUUGUUACUAAAUAAAAUAUUUCAUUAUUUUAACUUGAAAAAUGAUCCAAUUUCACGAAAAUAUUUUUUUCAGAUAAUUGAUAUAGCAACUAAUAAAAAUAUUACUCUAAAUUAUAUUAAGAUGGAUACAAAUAAUAUAAAUACAGAAUAUAAAAAAUAUUAUCUUCAAUAUUAUAAUAACUUUCUGAAUGAUGAAAAUAAAAAAAUUAUGAAAAAGUUUUAA